CUCGCCCGGCGCCCGGAGCACCCGGCUGCGGAACGCCAGGCCAGGGCGCACGCCGAGGACACGGACGCGCGUGGCUGCAGGUCGGAGAAGCAAGCGGGGUCGCGGCUCACCAUGGCCGAGCUGCUGCGGAGCCUGCAGGAUUCGCAGCUCGUGGCGCGCUUCCAGCGCCGCUGCGGGCUCUACCCGGCGCGGGAGGACAGUCCUGGGGAGAACGGCCCCUCCGAGAGGACGACGAGGGUCUCCGAAGUCGCGCAUCUCCCCGCCAACCCGCAGGCUUAUGUAGAGAAGCACGUUGUGAAGAAUUAUUUCUACUAUUACCUGUUCCGGUUUUCAGCCGCCUUGGGCCAGGAAGUGUUCUACAUCACAUUUCUCCCAUUCACCCACUGGAAUAUUGAUCCUUAUUUGUCCAGAAGACUGGUCAUGAUAUGGGUUUUGGUGAUGUACAUUGGUCAGGUGGCCAAGGACAUCCUGAAGUGGCCCCGGCCCUCGUCCCCUCCCGUGGUGAAACUCGAAAAGAGAGUGGUUGCAGAAUACGGAAUGCCCUCCACCCACGCCAUGGCAGCCACUGCUAUAUCCUUCACCCUCCUCAUCUCUACCAUGGAUAGGUACCAGUACCCUUUUGCUUUGGGCCUGACAAUGGCUGUUGUGUUCUCUACGUUGGUGUGUCUCAGCAGACUCUACACUGGAAUGCACACGGUCCUGGAUGUGCUGGGCGGCGUGCUGAUCACCGCAGUCCUCAUCACCCUCACCUACCCGGCCUGGACCCUCAUCGACUCGCUGGACUCCGCCAGCCCCCUCUUCCCGGUGUGUGUCAUCGUCGUGCCGUUCUUCCUGUGCUACAACUACCCCGUGUCCGACUACUACAGCCCAACCAGGGCAGACACCACCACCAUCGUGGCUGCCGGGGCUGGGGUGGCCCUGGGAUUCUGGAUUAACCACUUCUUCCAGCUGGUGUCCAAGCCCACCCCGCCCCUCCCUGUGAUUCAGAGCAUCCCACCCCUCACCACGGACAUGCUGGUUUUGGGGCUGACCAAAUUCAUGGUGGGCAUCGUGCUGAUCGUCCUGGUUCGGCAGCUGGUGCAAAAGCUCUCCCUGCAAGUGUUAUUCUCGUGGUUCAGGGUGGUGACGAGGAACAAGGAGGCCAGGCGAAGGCUGGAGAUCGAGGUCCCCUACAAGUUUGUCACCUACACGUCUGUCGGCGUCUGUGCCACAACGUUUGUGCCCAUGCUGCACAGGUUUCUGGGACUGCUCUGAGACCCUGAACAGUUGGAAACUAGUCCGAUAAUGUGAAAGGCAAAAAACGUGAGAAAGCCGUCAGUUGGGGCGAUCUCAACCCCUCCUAUGUAAGGAAAUCUUAGGUAAUGUUUUUUUGUUUGUUUGUUUGUUUUGCUGAUGUCAUAGUGAUAACUCCUGCUGUGGCACCAGCAGUGUGUUUGGUCUGCAAGGACUGUGCUCCCGUUGACCCCAGCCUGCAACCACACCUGUAAGGCAACCAACCCCUCCCCUUUCUGUUACAUGGACUUAGGACCCAGUCUUGGGUGGACAGGAACUGUGGCCUGGCUUGAAAUGGCUUCGAGCCCUAUCGGGCUCCAGAGGGCCGACAGACUUGAGGUAAUAUGAAGGCAGAACACUUCUUUUCCGUUCCAACCUUGCCUAAUGCCUAGUCUCAUUCCCCAACCUGGAACUGGGUUUGGGAGAAAGGGUGGUACCAUGGAAAACUGCACUCCUUGGGCAGAGCGACGUCUUGUGCUGUAAUCGGACUAAACUGUGCCUGAGUGGGUGGUGAGACUCUUCUGGAAUAGUUUCCUGUGCAGAGACUCUAAGACUGUAGUAGCAGAGCUCGGAGGCCCCCAGGAAGAGCUUGCUCUCUACCAGCCCACCGUUAGGGAAACAAGAAGCUGAUCCUCCUUGCACAGAGUUCGCAGCAUCCCAGGUUUCGGUUCCUGCACUAGUCUAAGCCACACAUGACGGGCUGCUACCUCCUCGCAGGUGAAAACAGGACACGCUGAGACUCCUGCUCGUUCUUGCUUGGUCUUUGGCACCUUCAGUUUAAGUAGCCAUAUAAACUUGGAAAGCACUGGAUCAGCACGAGAAUGGAUGAGCUUCGUCCUCUGGAAGUCUGACCAAGAGAGGCUAGGCAGCCCUGACAUUGCCUCAUCUCCCCCCCCCCGCCCCAAUACCCCUAACGUUACCUCAUCAUUGCUCAGCUACGUUCUAUAGUUUUUUGUUGUUUUUUAAUUAUUCACCUGCUAAGCAGAAUCAGGGACUCCCUCUCAGUCUUCCCACCUCGUAUCUCUUGGCAAUUUUAAGGGCCAUUCAUGCAAGAACAACUUCAGACUAUUUUGGGAAAAUAAGCCAAUUCAUUAUAGCACCCAUUAAACCUAGCAUGGUCCUCCUUAGAUGCAGCAGUUUUUUAGGAUGACAGCAAUACAGAGCUCCUUCCCUGGACUCCUCUGCAGAACCAUGAUCAGGUAUCAGCCCAUCCUGAAAAGAUGCUGUAGAUGCAUAGUUACCGAUCUUUUGAGGGGUGGUACCACUGAGGCCAAUGUUUCAUGAUCCUAACACCUCAACACUAUCCACACAUACUGGACAAAAUUAAUCCCCACCCCUUAAAAGUUACCAAGGUUCAGACCUUUGCAUUCAGUGUGAAAACCAAGAGCAACAUAUUCUCUGAUUUGGGAAUGAUGUUCUCUGAUUUUGGAAUGAUGUUCCUUGGUACUGAACACAGUGUUUUAAUUUCUCAAGAAUAGUUCUUGGAGUGGGCAUGGCGGCACACGCCUUUAAUUCCAGCACUCAGGAGGCAAAGGCAGGCAGAUCUCUGUGAGUUCGAGACCAGCCUGCUCCACAGAUCCAGUUCCAGGGCCACAAAGAGAAACCCUGUCUUGAAGACACAAACAACACACAAACAAAAAGAAUAACAAAUAUUCUUCACAAAGUGCCCACUUUUAACUUGACACUUCUCUCAUUUAUCAUAGUUAAGAGCAGGGAUCAAAAUAACCCAUCAUUUGCCUGGUUUUGCUCUGCCGGUGUUUCAGCUCCACGGCUGGGGUGCUACAAGCCCUGGCUGACGGGUUCUCUCACCCAGGCCAGCCUCUCUAGGGCAUAGCUGUUGAUGAGGCCCUUUCUUCCCUCUCCCCACGCCCAGCUACCAAAUGAGAGCUUAUAAUACCGGCUAAUAUUUUCGCAGGAUGGUUUUAGUCGGUUUGUCUGAAGCCUAGUGACAAAAGGCUUCGCUUCCUCCGUGUUUAUCUUUGCAAAAGAAGGGCUACAUCUACUGUCACAGCAGCGGGGCGUGGUGAUUAAGAUGUUUUAGUCCCAACAACGGGAAAGCUGACCACUGUCUGGGUGCAUUUAAGGCCGUGUUUACAUAAUUUAGAUGGUGGAUGAAUAUAUUAGCCACACAGCAUUAAGCAGUGGCCUGAGAAUUGGUCAUGACUGGCCACUCUUGGAUGUACUUGAUGACCUCCAAUGGAUGGAGAAAUUAUUUGUUGGAGAUGCCAAGUUUAGGUUUGGAUUCCGACAGUACUGGUUUUAAAAGCUAUUGCUUGAUCCCUUUCAAUCCACUUCGUUCACUUCUCAGAGCACCUCCCCCUAGUGAAUUCUCUCUUGUGUCCCCUCGGAACACUUGGAUUUUCUCUCUGGGGAAAGAGUGCCCCCUGCUGGUUAAGAUCCAGUCUCAGUCGAAAGGCCCUCUUGAUCUGGGCCGUCAUGCUCACCGGACCAACCUUGACACCAAAGCUUUUAGGCAUAUUGGCCCCUCCGGGAAUCGGGAAGAAUAACACACCCUUCUCCCAUCUUGCUUCUACUCCAAGGCCAAAGCACCCAUCUAGAACUUUCCAAAGAGCUGUCAUUUUUGUGUCCUAUUUGCUCAGACCUGUGCCAUAGCCGAACAUGCUGGAAAAAGACAUAGGCAAGACCCCUACACUAACACCCUUUGACAGAAGCCACUAAAACCCUCCACACUGUGCCUGGUCACGGGAUUUUCUUGCCCCAAUACACAGCGCAUCUUCCCAGGGUAAUCACAGCAUGUGGUAUUUCAGACCAUAUGUUUCAGGUUUCUAUUUUGGAAGGCUUCAGCUGUCUUGCUUAUGCACUGUAUGUAAAUUUAUUCUUUUUAAAAUAAAAUCUCUUUUGUUUGACUGUGA